AUGGAUCCUAGUGUCCUGCUCAUUCUCACCCUUCUCCUGGGCUACUUAGUACUCCUGGUCAGAGGUCACUCAAAGGGUCAUGGCCGACUCCCACCAGGACCAUCUCCUUUGCCCUUCUUGGGAAACCUUCUGCAGAUGGACAGAAGAGGCCUCCUCAAUUCCUUCUUGGGGUUUCAAGAAAAGUAUGGAGAUGUGUUCACAGUAUACCUGGGACCAAGGCCUGUAGUUAUGUUGUAUGGGACAGAGGCCAUAAGGGAAGCACUGGUGGACCAAGCUGAGGCUUUCUCUGGCCGGACAACGCAUGCUGUGGUUAAGCCUAUUUUCAAGGACUAUGGUGUGAUCUUUGCCAAUGGGGAACGCUGGAAGGUCCUUCGGCGAUUCUCUCUAGUUACCAUGAGAGACUUUGGGAUGGGAAAACGAAGUGUGGAGAAGAGGAUUCAGGAGGAGGCCAAGUGUCUGCUAGAGGAGCUCCAGAAUGCCCAGGGAGCCUCCCUGGACCCAACUUUUCUUUUCCAGUGCAUCACAGCCAAUAUCAUAUGCUCCAUUGUCUUUGGAGAGCGUUUUGACUACAAGGACCAACAGUUCCUGCACAUGCUGGACCUGUUCUAUCGCACCUUCUCACUCAGUAGUUCAUUAUCCAGUCAGGUGUUUGAGCUCUUCUCUGGCUUCCUAAAGUACUUUCCUGGUACCCAUGUACAAGUUUGUAAGAACCUGCAGGAAAUCCUUGACUACAUUGGGCACAGUGUGGAGAAGCACAGGUUGAACUUGGACCCCAGCAAUCCAAGAGACUUCAUCGAUACGUACCUUCUACGCAUGGAGAAGGAGAAGUCCAACCCAAACACCGAGUUCCAUCACCAGAACCUCAUGAUCUCCGUGCUGUCUCUCUUCUUUGCUGGCACCGAGACCACCAGCACCACGCUCCGCUAUGGCUUCCUGCUCAUGCUCAAAUACCCCCAUGUUGCAGAGAAAGUCCAAAAGGAGAUCGAUCAAGUGAUUGGCUCACACCGCCUACCAUCCCUUGAUGACCGUCCUAAAAUGCCAUACACUGAGGCCGUCAUCCACGAGAUUCAGAGAUUUUCAGAUAUUAUCCCAAUUGGUGUGCCACACAAAGUCACCAAAGACACUGUGUUCCGAGGGUACCUGAUCCCCAAGAACACUGAAGUGUAUCCCAUCCUGAGUUCAGCUCUUCAUGACCCCCAGUUCUUUGAACAACCAGACACCUUCAAUCCUGACCACUUCCUGGAUGCCAAUGGGGCCCUGAAGAAAAAUGAAGGUUUUAUGCCCUUCUCUAUAGGAAAGCGCAUUUGUCUUGGAGAAGGUAUUGCCCGCAAUGAAUUGUUCCUUUUCUUCACCACCAUCCUACAGAACUUCUCUGUGUCCAGUCCCCUGGCUCCUAAGGACAUUGACCUCAGUCCCAAGGAGAGUGGCUUUGGCAGAGUGCCCCCAGAUUACCAGAUCCGCUUCUUGGUCCGAUAACUAGGCUGAGGUGGUGUUCGCAUCAGGGCAACUUCCUCUACCAUGUACUCCCAGCAUAUUCUGUUUUGACAUAGACCCCAAAGCAAGAGAAUGAAAUAUAAAAUAAAAUA